UUAAUUAGUUCCUCCUAAUAGGCCAGUCUUCAAAUAUCUGUUCUUUAGGGUAACACACUCGCAUUAAAAAAAAACUGGGUUGGUUAAUUGGUAGGGUUUUUAUUGUUUUUAUGUUAUCCUGGCUAAUGAAAGAAAUAGGAUUUUAAAGAGAAACAUAAGAAUGCCAUGCAAAAUCCAAUAACUACUUUUUGAAGGAUAAGUUGGGUUAUUAAUCUCAGUGAACAUAUUUUCAGUGAUGGCCUGUAUAAAAGCAAUGGCUACAGGCUUGUUCAUGACAUGUAUCAGGCGUGGGCUGUUCUGAUCUGAGAGGUGAUACUGUGACAUAGAUCAGGGCACGGGUAAGCUGUCAGUCACCGUGAUCAACUCAAGCCUAAUCUGGCAUGCUGCUAAUGAGCGCUCCUGCACGCAGUCCUAACAGUCAAUUAAUUCAGACCUUGUUGAUCCACAUCUGAUAGACAGUAAUUAAACUGUUACAGGUGACAUGUUUUUGGACAGGAGUUGUUAUACACGCAUGCACAUCACCGUUGCAGAAAACAGAUGUCAAACAGAACCCUCAACCCUCCCUCCCACAGCACACUAAUCUAUCGGUGUGUAGUAGAGGAUGAUGAAUGAGGAUGUGAACCCUGUGGGGAAGUGGCUGGAGGAACUGAGGAUGAUGACUGAAGGAGAGUGUAUGUGUAUUCUACAGGGCAAGUCCCUCGUCUCUGACAAGUCCCCACCACACCCCGUCCAGAAAAUUAAAGAUGGCAUUGACAGGAUUCGAGAACAAGCAAACAUUAUCACAGGUGACUUCUCCAAGCUGUUCAGAAGGGUAGAGAAAGAGAAGUGGAAGCAUCUGAGUUAUAACAGCCUUCAGGUUACAUGCCCUAUCAGGGGACUGAUCAGUCUGUCUAACACUUACAUCCCUGACCCACCGACCUAUAUCAUGGAGCAAGAGGAGGUUGUGAUGGGAGAGUGUGCUAAGCUGGCCCAGCAGGCUGACAGCUUUAACAUUAACACCUGUAACUCUGCGGUCCUGAGGGUGCGAUUGGUCAACCAGCUCACCUUCCUUGGCCAAUCCUUCAGCCGAUUGGUCGAUCUUCUGCUGAGUCACUUAGUGCAGUCUAUCGUAAUGUUUUUGGAGGAGGCGGAGACCCCGCAGGAGCUGAACACCGCCCUCAGUACCCUCAUCAGCCUGGGCCUGGAGGGUGAACACAUGUGCUACAUCAUUGCCAGAGAGGGAGGGUUGAGGGUGCUGUUUGACAUCUGUAGAAGCACAUCACUUCAGGGCAGCCAGUCGCAGGCCCUGAGGGCUGUGGCGACUAUUUGCUGUGUGACAGAGAGUAUAUUGGAGCUGGAGAGGGUAGGUGGAGUGGAAUGUGUCAGAGAAAUACUAUGUGACAGUAGGUCCAGUGAAGAGCUCCUGGGCGAGGCAGCUGGGGUUAUUGCACAGAUUACCUCCCCUUGUCUGGAAAACUAUCAGCAUAUAAGUGGAUUCCAGGAGAACAUGGCUGAUUUGGUGCCAGCAUUGAUAGUUCUAUGUGAUGCCAGCACAAAGCCAGAAGUGAUGUUGUUGUCAACCGCUGCUCUGGCCAACAUGACCUUUAUGGACAGUACAGCUUGUGAGCUGUUACACCAGGCUGGUGCUCCCCGCGUUUUGGCCAAGGUCAUCUCGGAAACCAAAGCCAGCUCUCUGUUUGCUAAAGACCAGGUGGCCACAAUACUAGCCAACAUGGCUGCAGUGGAGGUGUGUCGUAAUGACAUAGUGGAGCACCGAGGGAUAGAGUUACUGCUGAGUUUCCUUCAUGAGGGACCCACCCCCAGGAGCAGUGAGGCAGAAUUGUCGGCGUGUGAACGUGUCCAGCAAAAGGCUGCCAUCGCCCUAACCAGACUCAGCCGAGAUGCGCAAAACGCAAGGGCUGUCGUUCAGCAACAUGGAAUGCCUCGUCUAGUGCAGCUGUGUAGAGAUGUACAUGAGAGAAAUGACAGUGAUGCAGUAUUAGUGGCAUGUCUGGCGGCCCUGCGUAAAAUCUGCUCUCUCUGUGGCGUAGGAGACAUGUCCUUGAUUGAUGUACAGCAGUUAGUACAGCCUCGUCUUAUGGACUCUUUCCUGAUAUGUACACACAGAGAUGAAAACUUUGUCUGAACAACUUAGCACCAACACACUGAAAACUAAAAGUACUAGCUCCCUUCAGAAGUGGACAUAUGCAGGAAUUCCCUCCAGAGAUAGCAAGGCAUAAACUGGGAUUUGAAAUAACUGAGGAUUUGAAAAACACAAUUCAUCUUGUGUCUCAAAGGCAAAAAAAAUGUUUUACCAUCUGCAAUGGUUGUAUGAGUGGUGAAAGUUCAUAGAAAUGGACAACAAAGGGCUGGUACUUGAACUUGAAUAUUUUGUCAGUGCCUUUUAAGCUUGUGAUAUCUAAUUACUCCUUGUCCAAUAUAUCCAGCGUUUCUAAUGAUUUUCUGACAGUGUCAGUUAGAAUUGCCUUAAAACUAUAUUCAUGGAUAUUUAUUUUGAAGGGCUUGCAAUAUUUUUUAUGUUUUUAAAGUAAUCAAGAAUUAUUCAUUGACAUAAAAGUGUUGAAGUUUAUAGGUGGUGGAGACCAAAGUGCCAGGUAAACCCUUAGGAAGGUAUCUGACAGAGAGGUCUGGUACCAAGUAUAGAUUUUAUCUGACGUGUAAGAAAUUAUGUAUUAAGUAUAGGUGUUUAUUUGAAGCAGUUGUUUACAAAUCUUCAUGCCACAUAUACUAAAUUAUCCUAUAUUCACAUAUCCUAUGCACUCACCAACACAUAUCAUUAAGAUGUCAUUAGAGCACAUUAACGUAAAGAAUACUAUAAACAGAACAUUAACAACUGGAGGCGGCUGUGGUUGUGACGUUGAUUGUGGUUGUCACAUUGAUUGUGGUUGUGACAUUCAUUGUGGUUGUGACUGGUACACUCAACCUGUACAUUCUGUUGACACUUUUACUGUAACUCUUCAACCUUUUCAGCCACCUCUGCAGCCAAUAUUUUGAAUCAUUCUGAGAGAACUAUGGAGUGUAGAGAAAUAAUUUGCACAGUUUUAUGAACCUUACAUCUUUAGUGACACAAACAAACCAUUUCUUUAUUGUCAUUUUUAUUCUAAAUGUAUUCAUUAAUUCCUCUUAAAAAUGUGUUUUAGUGUGUGAAAUGGUUGAAGAUUUGGACGGAUGUUUUGAAAGAAAAGACAUAAACCAAAUAUAAAUAUCCAUCAAUAAAAUAUUCCACAUAAAGUGAAAAAGUAUACCUUUUUUCUGGUGUUGCAUAUCUGGGAUUCAAAGGAAGCAAAAUUGUGCACAUUUGGUUUUUCUAACAUGGCGUAUAUUAUGUCCAUGUAACAAUUCCAUAUCAAAAGUUGAUUUAUAGAAUUACCAAACAUGGCAGUAGAAUAUUUAGAAUUGUUUCUGUUCCUCUUCUGAAGUAAUAUGGCUUAUUGAACAGAUGUUUUAUGGUUUGCUGGACUUCUGUGCCAAGUUCUGCAGCAGUUUCUAAAGUGGCUUAGAAUUGGACAGAUGUGUUGAUUUAUCAUGAUUUUAUGGACAGCUGGGUUAAACUUAUUCUAUUUUAUCCUAGUGUUAUAGGUGAAUAAACUAGACACAUUAAAAACUCACUUGGUAUUGAAUAUCGAUAGCAAGUAUUAAACUGUUAUAUACAUUGGUUUUUUCAUCAACAUAUUUGUAUUGUUCUUUUAGCUAACUUAAAAUGAAUUUUAUUGAGGCGUUGUCUAUUAUUUGUGAGUUUGCAAAAAUACUCAUGGUUUAGUAUUAUUUUUAUCGAUGCUUGAUAUUGGUAUACGUGUACAUUAGUAUGUGCUUUAAUGUCUGUGAAAUCAGUUGUCUACAAACAAUGUAUGUGCCAUAUUGAUGUUGUGGACAUAUGAGAGCUUAAAGAAAAUACUCACCAGAGUUUCACCAGUGAGAAAUACUCUUCUUUCAUGAUUGUUUCUGUGUUUAACAUUUACAAAAACUGAGGAGAAUUCUAUGAAGGUUUAGCACCAUCUAGUUUCUUUUCGCUGUUCACCGCUAGGUGCUUCAGUGUAAAUGAGCACUGGGUGUUUUUUAUUCUUAGACAGUAACAAAAGUCAUCAAUAGCAAUACCUGCUAUGUUUGAAUAAUUUUUGGUUCCGCUAACAUAAUAUAUUGCGAGAGGUUGUAGCUCUCUCAUCAUUGAGCUUGUAAAUGUGAGUCUCACUCAGGUUCUCAGCAC